AAUUCAAAGAAGACUAGUUGGCGUGGUCACUGUGCUUUUAUAGGAGGAAGUAAGCGGUGUUGAGAAAAGUUGUUUUUUCAUAUAAGUAACCGUUUCAUUUGAAAUUUAGUUAAAUUUAAGGUUAACAUGUUCAAAGAAAUUGUAGAAACGGAACAUUUAGCCCUUGGAGUGGGUGCGAAUAGUUGAAGGAGACGACCUGCUAGCUUAAUUGCUAGCGUAAUGUUUGUGUUUUUUACCGGGGAAAAUAAGUGGACAGCUUUAACUCGGCCGCCAACACAAAGUUCGAUAAAGUUUGUAUUUUAGGUUUUUAUUCACAAGACGUUUCUGCAUCCCCGGUGGAGUUUCUGGGGCCGAAGAGUGCGAACAACAGUGUGUGGCCCUCAGUGGAAGAAGUUUGGACACCCCUGAUGUUUUCUCCAGCUUCCAUCCAACCGAGAACAUUUAUGGAUGGAUGUCGAGGGACGUCUACAAAAAGACGGCAUCUUGGAGCCCGUUUAAAAGGCGUGGAUCCGAGCAGCAUGCCGGACUGAGAGACAUGGCUUCGGCCGUGUUCGAGGGCACGUCGCUGGUCAACAUGUUCGUGCGGGACUGCUGGGUCAACGGAGUCCGGAGACUCGUCAUCAGCCGGCGGGGAGAGGAGGAGGACUUCUUCGAGAUCAGGACCGAGUGGUCGGACAGGAAUGUCCUCUACUUGCACCGCAGCUACUCGGACUUGGCUCGCUUGUUUCGACGUCUCAACGAGUCCUUCCCCGAGGACACGCGACACUUGUCCACAUGUCCACUGACUGAAGGAUUGGUGAAAAUCAAGGAAGCAAACGACAUCGAGGAGAAAUUAAACGAGGUGGAGAGACUGCUGAAGAACGCCAUCAACAUGCCCUGCAAGUUUUCCCGGUCAGAGGUCAUGCUGACGUUCUUCGAGAGGUCGCCGCUGGACCAGGUGCUGCGCAACGACAAGGUGCACAGAAUCCAGCCCUGCUUCCAAAGUCCGGUCAAGAUAUCAGAGAUCAUGCGCUCAAACGGCUUCUGUCUGGCCAAUACUGAAACAAUCGUGUUUGAUCACAAGCUCCCGGAAGAGAAGGAGAGACCUUCUUCCACUGACUCUGUUGAGCACAUGUACGAGGACGGACACGAGUUCUUACCGAUGGAAGUGUGCGAUGAGGAGGCGUACGUCACCAACCUGUCCUACUACCACCUGGUGCCCUUUGAGACGGACAUCUUGGAAUGAGGAGGAAGACACGGUGUUGAGAUGCUCUGCUGUGAUGCUGCUGCUGUUUUGAAGAAGAAGAACCACUUUUUGUCGUGGCGCCUGCACCAUGCUUCCGGAAGGAUUUUUUUUUUUUAUCAGUAGUUCGCCAUAAGAGAUAAGCUAAUCCUAUCAAAACGUGGAUUUCUACAAACUGAUUUUUCUCAACUCUAAUCGUCCGCCAUCUUUGUUUGUUGUGCUAUUUUGGCGCUUAAUGCAACCUCUUAGCUGGAUUUGUGUUGCAGAUUUUGAACAAAGCAAUGGAUUAUUUCAAAGUGGAAGUGGUAAAACAACAUAUUUGUCCCGGUGUGCCUCCUGGAUCCUCCCGUGACCCCUUUAAAAUUUAAUUUGAAAAAAAGGAACUAUUUUUGGGGAGUUUUAAAACUUUGCUUGUAUUGUUAUGAUAAUUCACUUCUAAUGUGUUGUAUGAGUCCUCCCGUUGUACCCUGCAGCUUCCAUGCACAAUUGUAAACAUGUGUUGUUUGUGACCAAACUCCCUUUUGCCACUCAAAUGAAUGCAGAAGACACAAUGUGGGCCCAUGACAGCUUACGUCCAGUAUUCUGCACCCCCCCUACAAAUACCAAGGCGUUCAUGCCUCACAAACUUGGCCCACAAGGCCUCGGCAUGAGUCUGUUUAGUAACACGGUCAUGAUCACUAUUCCCCGCUGAGAAAGGACACUUAGUUCUCAGUGCACUCUGAAGUUUUCAGUUUUGUCACUUUCCUUUGAAGAAUGUGAGUUACUUGUUCAAGGAUUCAAUGAACUUCAAAAAAAUAAGAAAUAUAGUAAAUAAGAAAAACCUAAAGAUGAAAAAAUAAAUAAUUUAACUUUAUCGUAAUUAAAAAUUAUAGGUAGUUUUUGUAUUAUUUAUAUUUAUAUAUAUAUAUAAAAAAUAUGAUAGAAUAUUUUUUUUAAAAUUUGUUGUCCAUGAACCUUCCUCCUUGAACCAGGUUUCAACACAUUGUAUGAAAUAACGCACCAAAUGGUCACCAAACCUUUUGAAUAUUUCUAAAUUGAAUAAUAACAAGCAUAGCAUAUGAUUACGAAAUAAUGACUUUAUUCUGAUUAGGUAUAUAUUUUUCCCUCGUGUGAAUAACAUUGUAGAACCCAAUUAAUUAUUAUAAUGACUGGGCGCCAUGAUGUUCAUGUUGUAAUUGUUGUUAAACUAUUUUGACAGUAUUAACUGUAAAAUAUAUUUUGAGCAUCUUAAAACAAAUAUGUUUGUAAUAAAACGAAUGUUAAUUUA